ACGUGGAUGCGUGUAUGUGCUUUCCUAUGGGGGCUCCACCUUUCGUGUUGGCAUUCCUGCAAGAUUAAGAUUUGAAGACAUUCUCUCAUCUCCCAUUGGAUUAUGCUCAAAGCUUUCCUAUCCAAUGAUCCUUCUGCAACACCCUGGGCUUCCUCCACCUAAGCAGCCCUCAUCCUCUCCUCCUAUGUCAGUGGCCACCAGGUCCACGGGAACCUUACAGCUUCUACCACAGAAGCCUUUUGAGCAGGCAGCUUCCUUGCCUCUGGCAGGGGAAGAAGAGUUACCUAAAGGAGGAGAGACAGAUUCUGCCCUGGAGGAGCUGUGUAAGCCCCUGUACUGCAAACUCUGUAAUGUCACCUUGAACUCAGCACAGCAAGCUCAAGCACAUUAUCAGGGUAAGAACCAUGGCAAGAAACUCCGAAAUUACUAUGCAGCCAAUAGUUGUCCUCCGCCUGCCAGAAUGAGCAAUGCAGUAGAGCCUGCAGCAACUCCAAUUCUUCCAGUUCCUCCACAGAUGGGCUCUUUCAAGCCUGGAGGCAGAGUGAUACUGGCCACGGAGAAUGACUACUGUAAGCUUUGUGAUGCCUCCUUUAGUUCCCCUGCUGUGGCACAGGCUCACUAUCAAGGGAAGAAUCAUGCCAAGAGGCUGAGACUGGCAGAAGCCCAGAGUAACUCAUUCUCGGAUUCCUCAGAAGUGGGUCAAAGAAGAAGCCGUAAAGAAGCGAAUGAAUUUAAGAUGAUGCCUAAUAGAAGAAAUAUGUAUACAGUACAGAAUAAUUCAGGUCCUUACUUCAAUCCACGCUCUCGGCAGAGAAUUCCACGUGAUCUGGCCAUGUGUGUUACUCCAAGUGGCCAGUUUUACUGCUCAAUGUGUAAUGUGGGAGCUGGCGAAGAGAUCGAAUUCCGGCAGCAUUUAGAGAGCAAACAACAUAAAAGCAAGGUGUCUGAACAGCGGUAUAGAAAUGAGAUGGAGAAUCUGGGAUAUGUAUAGUGAUUGCCAUAUUCAGAUAGAACAGUUUGUCCUGCCUGUGGUUUGCCUUCUGUCAACUUGCUCUACUUUGUGAUCCUUUUGAUAUGAGUACAUUCCUCUGCUUACUGUUCUAUAUGUAACCUGCAGUGGUACUGUGAGAUGUCAAAACUUAGGGGUGGUGGGAGGGGGGGUGUGGGAAGCCUGCUUCUUAGGUCAUAAUGCAUUCUAAGGCCAACUGUGUUGUGCUGUGUAUAGCAUGUGACCUUCCUGUUCCUUCAGAAAGAACUUUUUAUUCUUGGCCAACCUCUUGUUGUUAGUAGCCUGAUCACUUAGACUGUUUAACAAUCUCAUAUUCUUUUGUUAUUUUAGUUUUAUGUACUGUUAGAUGAAACACAACUUUGAGUUCUUACUUCAGAUCUCAAUAAAAACAGGUAAGUAGAGACGUUCAUUUUCCAAGGCUCCACUGGAACCAUCAACUCAGUGCAUUGUCAGUAACACACAUACAUACUCUAGGCUCCAUUAGGGAUUAGGGUUGUUUUUGUUUUUGUUUUUCCCCAGGAUGUUAUUUCCCUGUGUCAUUUCCCUCCAUUUUAAAAUGAAGCUUUCUUAAACUUAGACAUUUUUCAAAGUGCUUUAGUUCUUCCAAGUAGUGUAACUUCAUUUUCAAUUAUUUCACACAUUUAAUUGCCACUUACCCUCCUCCUACUUUUUCAUGAAACACCUAGUUGUAUCAGCCUGUCUAAUAAGCUUAUUUGUAUGCUUUGGCUGUACUAUGGGUUUUCUAAGCCCAGAUUUGAAUAAUAAGUUUAAGAUGGAUCUUUUUUUUUUUUUUGUCAGUCGUGGGGGCUGAA